AUGGAAACGGAGAUUCAAUCGAAUUACACUUACAUGGGACGAAGUUUCAGCGAUCUUAGCAUCAACGAUGAUUCUUCGGCUUUCAGCGACUGCAACAUUGAUAGAUCCGGCGAGUUCCCGACGGCUUCUUCGCAGAGUCGUCGGCUAUUGCUGGCUUGCGCCAUCGAUAACUCCGACGAAUUGAUUCCUCAACUUGUCUCCGAUCUCGAUUCGAGCUCAAUCGAUGCAAUAAAGCAGGCAACAAUGGAACUCCGGCUCCUUGUGAAGAACAAGCCGGAGAGCAAAAUCAAAAUCGCCAGAGCCGGAGCAAUCAAACCCCUUAAUUCACUAAUUUCGUCCACAGAUCCUCAGCUUCUAGAAUAUGGCGUUACUGCAAUUCUCAACCUCUCGCUCUGCGACGAGAACAAGCAGCUUAUCGCGGCUUUUGGAGCAAUCAAGCCGCUCGUUCGAGCUCUUAAAGUAGGCACCCCCGUCGCCAAAGAGAACGCCGCUUGCGCUCUUCUCCGGCUCUCGCAAAUUAAAGAGAGCAAAGUAGAAAUUGUACAGUCCGGCGCGAUUCCGCCGCUAGUAAGCCUUCUAGAAAACAGAAAUUUACGCGGCAAAAAGGAUGCAUCAACGGCUCUAUACUCGAUUUGUUCAGUUAAAGAAAACAAAUUCAGGGUUGUUCAAGCCGGAAUAAUGAAGCCUCUAGUGGAAUUAAUGGCUGAUUUUAGUUCAAACAUGGUGGAUAAGUCAGCGUUCGUUGUGAGCGUCCUGGCGUCGGCAGCGAAGGCGAGGGUGACGCUUGUUGAGGAAGGCAGAAUUCCGAUUCUGGUUCUGGUGGAAAUCGUGGAAUUCCGGUUCCGGUAUUUAGGGCUGCAAUUUGUUUCACUAAUUUGGGGAAAAAACUAG